ACUUAUUUCCAGGUAUAACAAAAUCAAUAAGUAUCACCGCGCCUUUGGCUGUGCCCCGUUGCCGUUUCGACCGUCCACUCGUCCAGAUUCACCGCACUGUGACUCGUCUUCGCAAUCGUUUGCUGCUCACUGUUUUUUCGUCUGCGUCAAUUCACAGAAAAGUUAUCGAAAACUACUUUACCACGGUCGUCACACAGCCGUCUUUCAGUUUUUGCAAAGAUAAGAAGAGUAAUCAUUCCAAAAUGUGUCAACGUCAACCAUCAAACAAAAAAAUAGUUAAUCUCUAUAUUUCGAAUGCAAUGCCCAGAACAAAAUACAAUGUAGUAUUUCAACCUCAGCCUUUUUUCAAAAAGAUACAUUCAGUUAUUGAACCGAUGGCUAUAUAUUGUGAAUCAAAAGUUAAACUUGAAAAUGGACAACCACAAGAACACGCUCUGUUUAAAGUUAAUUUCACGUUGCCAAUGUUAAUAAAAAGUAUAUUAUCUGACAAAACAAAAAAUUUCCGAUUGCAGAUCCGAUUUGGAGAAAGUCAGGAAGGAAAGAGAGAUUUAUUAGAUAAAUUACCAGGACUAACAAAGAUAUGUGUCAAUUCAAAGCUAUCAUCCACGACCAAAACAAGCCCUAUAAAUUAUAAAAUAUAUAAAAAUUUAAUCGAAAACAAUUAUAUUUCAGUAUUGUGGCCAAUUUGUAAAAAACCAUAUUACAUGUCGGUAGAUAUUGUAGAGAUUAUCUCGGUUAAAGAUUUGGUGGAACGCAUACAAUUUAACAAUAGACUAUGUUCUGUUAAACUAAAUACAAAAGCUAAGGCCAUAGAAUUGAUGAAAAGUUCAGUUACAGAAAUUCUUGAUUCAACAUCCUUUAAGUUUAUAUUAUUGUGUCCAAUAUCCAAAUUAAAAAUGAAAUUACCAACAAGAUCUCUGAAAUGUAGUCAUUUACAAUGUUUUGAUCUGUAUACAUUCAUUUUAUUGAAUAAGGUAAAUCAAAAAUGGAUAUGUCCGAUUUGUAAGAUACCCAUUCUAAUCAACGAAUUGGUAAUAGAUUCAUUUCUUUUGGAUAUUGUCAAUAAUUCAACUCUUCCUGAAAAUUGCUUUGAAAUAACAUUAUAUGCCAAUGGUGAAUGGGUACCAUGUGUAGAAGAGGCAAUGGAUGGUAUUGAAUACAAUCGAAGCGAAUCUGACGACGAAAAUUCAGAAAAUACCAUUGUUCUUAAGGAUUUGGAUGAUCCCGAUUAUGAAAAUCUCCUUAAUGAAAAUAACUUUAAUGAAGACAAAAAACCUGAAGAAAAACCUAUCUUACCAAUAACAGAUGAUUUAAAACCUAGUGAACCAAUGUUAAUCGAUCUGACCAUAGAUGAUACAGACAUUAAAGAAGAACCGCUUACUAAAAUCAUUAAAACAGAAUAUGCUGAUGAAUAAAAUCAACAGUGAUAUGCAAUUUUAAAUUUAGUACAAAUAAUAAUCUAACUUUUUAAUAUUAUUGUAAUUAUAAUAAUAUAUUGAAUU